AAAAAUUAUUCAUAACAGAACACCGCGGUUAAUAGGCCCAUUAAUAGGCCCGAUAAGAAUCAGAUAAAGAAACAUUCCUUCGAUUUACGUUUAUUGACAAAUGACGAACACGGCGGCGACAACGGAGGCGAAGAUGGCGACAGAGCCACCAAAGAUAGUGUGGAACGAAGGCAAAAGGCGAUUCGAGACGGAGGAUCACGAAGCUUUCAUAGAAUACAAGAUGAGAAACAACGGUAAAGUGAUGGAUCUGGUUCAUACUUACGUUCCUUCAUUCAAACGAGGAUUAGGUUUAGCUUCUCAUCUCUGCGUCGCCGCUUUCGAACACGCCUCUUCUCACUCCAUCUCCAUCAUCCCUUCUUGCUCCUACGUUUCGGAUACGUUUCUUCCUCGAAACCCAUCAUGGAAGCCUCUGAUUCAUUCAGAGGUAUUCAAGUCUAGCAUUUGAAUAACACUUGUUUCUCAUUGUGCUCUGUAAUAAGUAAAUGUCGUUUGAUGAUUGUAAUCAAAAUGAGAGUAAAUGAAUAUUUUAUGAAUCCUACUGCUUUCGAUAGCAAUGAAUCGAAAUUGGGAUUUACUAGCUC